AUGGCAGCUUACGCAGCUCUAAUUUCUGUUAUGAAUAUCAUAGAGCAGAUCAAGCUUCAUCCUCACCCUCCAAUUUCUCUCGACCAAAUUCAGAUUGAACCUCUCGUUAAAAACGUGACUUUCUUUCUCGACUUUCUUGAAUGUUAUUCCCAGUUAAUUAGCAGCAAAGACACAUACCACUUAUUGGAGAGUCGGAUUGCAAACGCAACUUAUGCGGUCCAAGACAUAAUCGAAUCCCACAUAGUCGAUCAAAUCCACGGGGCAAACAUCGCUUCGGAUAAAGAAUUCUAUAACUGUCUAAAGGAAGUGAUACAAGAAAUGGAUUUUAUCAAGAAAGAAGUGAUGCAGAUGAAAGAGAAUAACAUGGGAUUAUUUCUCCAUAAAGAUUCAUCGACGGUUGAUAUUGGCCCGUUAAGAUCUCGUUUAACGGGACAAAAUGCAACCGUGGGAUUCGAUGACGUCAUGGAAGAGAUGAUGGAUAUGCUGACCGGACGACAAUCCACUCGCCAGAUCAUUCCAAUUGUAGGUAUGGGCGGCAUCGGUAAGACUACGCUUGCUCGAAAUCUUUACGUGAGUCGACUUAUAGUUAGACACUUUGAUAUGCUUGCUUGGGCUACAAUAUCUCAAGAGUAUAGUAUGAAAGGAAUCCUUUUAGAGAUUCUUCUUUGUAUUAAAAGCCAAGAGAGUAAGGAAACUUAUAGUGCAAUGAGGGAAGAUGAAUUAGGCCUUGUGUUGCAUAAAACUUUAAUAGGUAGAAGGUAUUUGAUUAUAAUGGACGACAUGUGGAGUAUCGAGGCGUGGGAAUUGGUUAAGUUCUUCUUUCCGGAUAACAAUAACGGAAGUCGAAUAAUUGUAACCACUAGGCUAAGAAUUGUGGCUUCUCAAUUAACCGACUCUCGUGGCAUUGAGAUGAGUUUUCUAGACGACCAUCACAGUUGGAACCUACUUUGCCGGAAUGUUUUUGGAGAACAAGAUUGUCCUAAUCUUGAAUUGGAGGAAAUUGGUAAGGAGAUUGCGAAAAGUUGUAAAGGGCUUCCUUUGUCGAUUGUGGUGAUUGGAGGACUUUUAGCAAAGUCGGCACGUACGCGAGAAUAUUGGGAAUACGUUCUAGAAAAUAUAUCCUCGAUUGUGAAUUUAGAGGAUAAUGAGCGUUGCUUGAGAAUACUAAACAUGAGUUAUGACCAUUUGUCGGUUCAUCUGAAGCCAUGUUUUUUGUAUUUGGGAUCGGUUUUUCCAGAGGAUGAUAAAAUUCACGUCUCGUGGCUCAUCAAACUAUGGGUUGCCGAAGGAUUUCUGAAACCGAAAAGUGGGAAAAGCAUGGAGUUAGUUGCGGAAGAGUACUUAAACGACCUUAUUGAGAGAAACCUCAUUUUAGUACACACCCGCGGCUCUACCGGAAAUAUAAAGUUGUGCAACAUCCAUGAUCUCUUGAGGGACUUAUGCUUACGACAAGCUCAAAAAGAGAAUUUUGUUUGUGUCACAAGACUGCAUGGUAUACCACAAAUAGAUACACAUCGUCGAGUUUGUAUUCAUCGAAUGGAUAAUGAGGAAUAUACCCCUCAACUCAUGAGUAAUAGUGCCUUUCAAUCUCCAUCACUUACUCGUUCUUUGAUAAUCGAUUUUAAGGAGGUUUUGCCAUAUCUAAAUACGAAGAUGCUGAGGGUAUUGAAAUCGAACGAUCGAGCUUUGUACUAUGGAGAGACAAGUUCGGUGGAAGCUAUUUUUCGGUUAGUCAACCUACGGUACCUUGCUUUUAGAGUCGAUUGGAUGUCGAUUUCCAACCACCUAUCUUCACUCCACCUUCUCUGGAAUCUACAAACACUAAUCGUGUACGGCGCAUGGAAAACUAAAGCACCACCCGAAAUUUGGAAGAUGCAUCAACUAAGGCAUAUCGAGUUCAUAAUGCUUGAUCUCCCCGAUCCUGAAAUGGACGGACGAGAUCGAAAUGGCAUAACUGUCUUGGAGAACCUACAAACACUCCUCCAAUUAAGGAACUUCAAAUGUGGUGAAGAGGUGGUGAAGAGAAUUCCCAACAUCAAGAAACUGCAAGUAUACUACGAGAAUCUCGAUGAUCUGUCAUGUUAUUGUCUGAACAAUCUUUGUCGUCUCGAAAAACUCGAAUCACUCGGCUGCAUCUUCGCUCCGGAAGAGAAGCCGAUUAAAAUUCGGAGCUAUUUACUACAAAACCUCAACUUCCCAAACUCACUCAAGAAGUUGUCGUUAGAUCGGACUUGUCUUAGUUGGGAAGACAUGUCGGUAAAGAUCGGUUCGUUGCCGCUUCUUCAAGUGCUCAAAUUGUAUACGGAUGCUUUUAAAGGAGACGAGUGGGAAACGGUUGAAGGGCAGUUCUGUAAUUUAAAGUUCUUGCUAAUAGAAGGCUGUGGCGAAUUGAGGUGUUGGAGAACAGAGAGCUCUCAUUUUCCGUGCCUUGAGCAACUCUUUCUUCGAGAUUUGGAUGAGUUGGAGGAGAUUCCUUGGGGUAUCGGAGAAAUACCGACGCUCGAAACUAUUGUUCUGAAAUAUUGCAGCGAUUCUGCUGUUUUUUCGGCUAAGGAAAUAUUGGAUGAACAAGAGGAAUAUGGGAAUGUUGGCCUUCGAGUUAGAGUUCAUUUCUGGGACGAGAGCGAAUUGGAGAGUUUGGCAUGUCCUAACUUUCAAGUUAAUAUUGACUGA